AUGUAUGCCAUCGAAGAUGAUCAAUAUGAUGACGAGGAUGUGGAAGAAAUCUCAUCGAAGCUAUGGCAGGAAGCAUGUUGGAUCGUUAUUAAUGCUUAUUUCGAUGAGAAAGGUCUUGUACGACAACAGCUUGACAGCUUUGAUGAAUUUAUUGAGAUGUCGGUACAACGAAUUGUGGAGGAUUCUCCGCAAAUUGACUUACAGGCUGAAGCACAGCAUACAUCUGGGGAAAUCGAAAAUCCUGUUCGUCACUUAUUAAAGUUUGAACAAAUAUAUUUAUCUAAACCCACACAUUGGGAAAAGGAUGGAGCUCCAUCCCCAAUGAUGCCAAAUGAAGCGAGACUCAGAAACUUAACUUAUUCUGCACCAUUGUAUGUUGAUAUUACCAAGACUAUUGUUAAAGAACCAGAUGACCCAAUUGAGACUCAACAUCAAAAAACAUUUAUUGGAAAAAUUCCAAUUAUGUUGCGCUCAAAAUACUGCCUGCUAGCUGGUUUAUCAGAUCGUGAUCUCACUGAAUUAAAUGAAUGUCCUUUAGAUCCUGGUGGAUAUUUCAUUAUAAAUGGCUCUGAGAAGGUCCUUAUUGCUCAAGAGAAAAUGGCUACUAAUACAGUCUAUGUCUUCAGUAUGAAAGAUGGAAAGUACGCUUAUAAAGCAGAAAUACGUUCUUGCCUAGAACACAGUUCUCGUCCAACUUCUACUUUAUGGAUCAAUAUGAUGGCAAAAAGUGGUGCCAGUAUUAAAAAGUCAGCUAUUGGGCAACGGAUUAUAGCGAUUGUACCUUACAUCAAACAAGAAAUUCCUAUAAUGAUCGUUUUUCGAGCUUUGGGAUUCGUAGCUGACCGAGACAUCUUAGAACAUAUCAUAUAUGAUUUUGAUGAUCCCGAAAUGAUGGAAAUGGUGAAACCCUCUUUAGAUGAAGCCUUUGUCAUUCAAGAGCAGUCUGUAGCUUUAGCUUUUAUUGGUGCUCGUGGUGCCAGGCCUGGAGUUACGAAAGAAAAACGCGUAAAAUAUGCAAGAGAAAUUUUACAAAAAGAAAUGUUGCCACAUGUUGGCAUUAGUGACUUUUGUGAAACUAAGAAGGCAUACUUCCUUGGUUAUAUGGUACACAGAUUACUGUCAGCAUCUCUUGGUCGCAGAGAACUCGAUGAUCGCGAUCACUACGGAAACAAACGACUAGAUUUAGCUGGUCCUUUGUUAGCCUUUCUAUUUCGCGGAUUAUUUAAAAAUCUCAUGAAAGAAGUAAGAUUGUACGCUCAGAAAUUUAUUGACCGUGGGAAAGAUUUUAACCUAGAACUUGCCAUUAAAACGAAAAUUAUUACCGAUGGACUACGAUAUUCUUUGGCUACUGGUAAUUGGGGCGAUCAAAAGAAAGCCCACCAGGCGAGAGCGGGAGUGUCCCAAGUGUUAAAUAGAUUAACAUUUGCAUCAACUUUGUCUCAUUUAAGGCGUGUCAAUUCUCCCAUUGGUCGUGACGGUAAAUUGGCAAAACCUCGUCAGUUACAUAACACGUUGUGGGGAAUGUUAUGCCCCGCAGAGACUCCGGAAGGAGCUGCUGUCGGUCUUGUCAAAAAUCUGGCACUCAUGGCAUAUAUCAGCGUAGGCUCUCAGCCAUCUCCGAUUCUAGAGUUUUUAGAAGAGUGGUCGAUGGAAAAUUUGGAGGAAAUCGCUCCAAGUGCCAUAGCCGAUGCCACCAAAAUAUUUGUGAAUGGCUGUUGGGUAGGAAUCCACAGAGAUCCGGAUCAGCUGAUGGCUACUCUCCGAAAAUUGAGACGUCAAAUGGAUAUUAUAGUUUCGGAAGUCUCUAUGAUCAGAGAUAUUAGAGAUCGAGAGAUUAGAAUAUACACCGAUGCAGGCAGAAUUAGUCGACCGUUAUUAAUCGUUGAAGGACAAAACUUGCUAUUAAAGAAAAGCGACAUUACGAUGUUGAAGAAAAAAGAUUUCAACAAUGAUGGAUGGCAAGAAUUAGUAGGCAGAGGUGUAGUUGAAUAUAUCGAUACCCUAGAAGAAGAGACAGUGAUGAUUGCUAUGUCUCCGGAUGACUUAAGACAAGAAAAGGAAUAUGCAUAUUGUACAACUUACACGCAUUGCGAAAUUCAUCCAGCUAUGAUUCUGGGGGUUUGCGCUUCCAUCAUUCCAUUCCCAGAUCACAACCAAAGUCCUAGAAAUACCUAUCAAAGUGCUAUGGGUAAACAGGCCAUGGGAGUGUACAUUACCAACUUCCACGUACGAAUGGACACAUUGGCACACGUUUUGUACUACCCUCACAAGCCUUUGGUUACGACGAGGUCAAUGGAGUAUUUAAGAUUUCGAGAACUUCCAGCUGGUAUCAACAGUAUUGUCGCCAUUUUAUGUUAUACUGGAUACAAUCAGGAAGACAGUGUCAUCUUAAAUGCGAGUGCUGUCGAAAGAGGUUUCUUUAGAUCCGUGUUCUACCGAUCGUAUAAAGACUCCGAAUCAAAAAAGCUUGGUGACCAGGAGGAACAAUUUGAAAAACCUACUAGGCAGACCUGUCAAGGAAUGCGUAAUGCUAUCUAUGAUAAAUUAGACGACGAUGGUAUUAUAGCACCUGGGAUUCGAGUUUCCGGCGAUGAUGUAGUUAUCGGAAAGACCAUUACUUUACCGGAAACUGAUGAUGAGUUGGACAGUACUACAAAGAGGUUUACGAAGCGGGAUGCCUCUACAUUUCUACGUAACAGUGAAACUGGAAUUGUUGAUCAAGUAAUGUUAACAUUGAACAGUGACGGAUACAAAUUUUGUAAAAUCCGAGUGCGGAGUGUUCGCAUUCCACAAAUUGGAGAUAAAUUUGCUUCUCGACAUGGACAAAAGGGAACAUGUGGUAUUCAGUAUAGACAAGAGGACAUGCCAUUCUCGUGCGAGGGUCUUACUCCUGACAUAAUUAUCAAUCCACAUGCUAUUCCAUCUCGAAUGACAAUUGGCCAUUUAAUCGAAUGUAUUCAGGGGAAGGUUUCCGCCAAUAAAGGUGAAAUUGGUGAUGCUACCCCAUUUAACGAUGCAGUAAAUGUGCAAAAGAUCUCGACACUUUUACAGGAGUAUGGAUAUCAAUUAAGAGGUAACGAAGUCAUGUAUAAUGGUCACACUGGUCGAAAAAUCAAUGCUCAAGUAUUUUUGGGACCAACAUAUUAUCAACGCCUUAAGCACAUGGUCGACGACAAAAUUCACAGCAGGGCACGAGGCCCUGUUCAGAUUUUAGUAAGACAACCAAUGGAAGGCAGAGCUAGGGACGGUGGUUUGCGUUUCGGAGAAAUGGAACGUGACUGUCAAAUCUCUCAUGGAGCGGCCCAAUUUUUGCGAGAAAGGUUAUUCGAAGUUUCGGAUCCAUAUCGAAUUCAUAUUUGUAAUUUUUGCGGUUUAAUAGCUAUCGCUAAUUUACGUAAUAAUACUUUUGAAUGCAAAGGAUGUAAGAAUAAGACUCAAAUAUCUCAAAUCAAAUUACCAUAUGCUGCAAAACUGUUAUUCCAAGAAUUAAUGGCUAUGAAUAUCGCCCCACGCCUUAUGGUAUCUUAAGCUAAUAUUUCGGAUUAUUUAUAUUAUGUAAGCGGUAUAAUUGAGUAUAUAUAUGUUCAUUUAUAAUUUCGUACAAUAAUAAGAUAGAAUUGACUUUUGUGAUUUUUGACAUAAUGUUCUGUUGCAAAAAUCCAAAUAUUUAAUUGUUGUAAGUAUAGUCGUUUCUAAUGGAAAACCUGCAGCAUAAGUAUGCAUCUGUAAUAAAACGCAAGAGAUUUUU